GCUCUCGAGCUCAGUCCGUGACAGGAGACGGACGGUGCGGGAGGCGAGGCGCUACUACCCGGGGAAUCACACCGCCUGUGCCAGGUACGGGAACGGCUCCGGGUCAUCCGAGUUAUAGGGCUCGGCGGAGACCAGGAUGGGCGACAGUUUCUGACGAGUGAGAAGACUUGGGCUGGUAUCAUUAAUGGCUGCGGCUAAGAAAGGUGCAAAGCCGAAAGUGGCUGGCGUCCGAUUCGCUGCAGGCUUCCCCGAGGAGGGGGCACACAACCAUGUGCACUUUGAUGAGAAGUUACAUGACUCGGUGGUUAUGGUCUCUCAGGAAGAAGAUGGACUAUUUUUAGUGAAGGUCGGGUUCCUGAAGAUCUUGCACAAAUAUGAAAUUUCCUUUACUUUGCCUUCAAUGCAGCGACUUGGAAAGAACAUCUGCGUGGUUCCCCUGCCUAACCUGAACCUCAGGACAACCAAGAUCACCGCACUGCCUGAAGGACACGGCAUCACAUGUGAGUACACGGCACAUAAGGAAGGCGUGUUAAAGGAAGAGAUGAUCCUGGCCAGUGAGGCCAAUGACAAGACUUUCAUCAAGGUGGUGGUCCAAGCACGCGUUCUGGACCGCCAUCACGGUACCCCAAUGCUGCUGGACGGAGUCCGGUGUAUCGGCGCAGAGCUGGAGUACGAUUCUGAGCAGAGUGACUGGCACGGCUUCGACUAACAGACGUUCACCAUGUGGUGCGGCCCUGCUUCAGGAGUGAACCCAAUAAAUGGCCAUGAGCAUUGUAGGGCUUGCAAGGGC